CAAACACAUAACCUUAAAAUUUGAAAAAAAGAAAAAAAUAUUUCCCUUAACCUCAAUCCCUUUUGUGGUGUAGUGAAACUCUUAAAGUAAAUAAAAAAAGCCUAGCCAACCUUUAAAACACUCAAAUAAGUAUAAUUAAGUUGACGUAGUCUCCGCUAUUCACGUUCUUUGGCGUAUUACACAAUAACUCAUUUGUCUUUGCAAUAACUUUGGUGACAAAAAUAGAAAAAUGCAUUCGCAUUCAGUGAUGACAUUCUUUUUUCUUGCAUGCUUAACAGUACUGUACAGCUAUUUGCCCUGUACUGAGGCUGCAUCAACUGAACGACCUUACCAAUUUGGUUUCACGAUCGAGAAGCAGCAGCAUCGGCAAGAGAAAAAAGAUGAGCGCGGCAUCGUUAUGGGUGAAUUUGGUUUCAUAACCGCCGAUGGUAUUUACCACGUGACGGUGUAUGCAACUGAUGAGGAGGGCAAAUUUCGUAUAUUAGCCAUGCGCAGUUAUCCCUACGAGGACCAUCCAAAAACCAUCGAAAUGGUUGUGCGCCCAAAAGCCAAAGCAACAACGCCAAAAGCCAUAGCACCACCCAGCACUACGACAACGACAACAACCACUGAGCGCGCGAAGCCGAAACCCUUCGAGAAACACAAUUUCAGCGUACAAGGUUGUUCAGGUUGUUUUCUUAAAAAUGACGCACCAACAACCACCACGACAACAACACAAAAACCGGAAGAUAAAAAAUAUGAUAUUAAUCUCUUAUCGCGACCACUCCCACCAGAGGAGGCACCACGUAUUGGUAAGCAAAUAAUAUCACAAGUUCUACCACAAUUACUGCAAGAAGUGCAACAAGCUGAGACGAAAAUGAAGGAAACAGCGGACAGAGUGCCACCCCGAGUGGCAGAGGCAAUAGGUUUAGAUAUUGAUUUGAGAAUAACAGCGGAUAGUACACAACAUAAGCAACAAGCUAUACAAAAAACACAUACAACACCAACAAAAGCACAACAAGUAAAUGCAGCGAAAGCACUAACUUCAUUACAAAAGUCACAGCAGGCUGCACACGAAGUGAAAGCUCAGUCAAACCUUCAGCAAGCACAACAGGGUACACAAAUAGUAAAAGCUCAGUCAGCACUUCAGCAAGCACAACAGGGUACACAAAUAGUAAAAGCUCCAGCGACACUACAAACAGCACAACAGAUACCAAUUAAACCACAGCAACAAGCAACACAAAGCUCAGUGAAAGCUCAGGCUACACAAGUCACAAAACAGAACACAUCAUUCCAACCACAAGUCACACAAAUCCAAACACAACACUUGAAACCUAACCCAAUUGAAACACUUAGCACAAACGCAAGCCAAUUGAGCCCUCUAUUUUUAACACUGCAAAAUGCAAGUGGCACACCGCCCAGCAAUACCAUCAACAACAACUCAGCUAAGACACCCACCACAAGCACUUUCGGCAGUGGAAGCGCACCAAAAACGCCAAUCAAGACCGGUUCAAACGCACCAUCAAAAUCGGGCAACAAUCAGCCCUCUGCUGGCAAAACGGGUACAACAACUGGUAUUUCAACCCCUAAAAACCAGCUAGCGGCACCAAAGCUGUCACCCAGCGCCGGCAUUGGUGGUGGAAGCGGCUCAAGCGCAUCAACAGGCGGUGCAGGCCGACCAAACGCGAACGCAGGAUUCGCUGGUGGUGUAAGCGGUGGAAAUAACAACGCUGGUGGAAGUGUUGGUGGUGGAGUUAACAAUCGUGUAGGAAAUAGCGGCAACACUGCAAGUGGCAAUAAAAUUGGUGGCAACACCGGUGCAGGCGCAAGCAGCGCUGCCGGCGAGGCAGGCGAUUUGUACCGUUUUAAAUAUCUACUCGACUACAAUGGACAUCGUGAGACUGGCGCGCGUAAUGGCAAUAAGGAAGGUAGCUUCUACGCUAUUGGCGAUGAUAAUGUGGAGCGCACCAUUGAGUAUAUCGCCAAUGAGUUUGGCUAUCAGCCGCGUGUACGUUUUCGCAAAUUGGAUGCGCCGGUGCAGGCGAAGGAGAAUACGUUGAAGGAUUAUGAGUUCGUGUGGUUCAAAAAGGAGUAAAGGAGUAAAGGUGGAAUAAGUGUAUAUGUGUAUAAGUUAAAAAUGUGAAUUUUUAUUUUUGUUUUUUGCUAAUAU